AUGCAGCCAAACACAAUCAGCAAGGCAAAAAUUGGUAUCGUAGUCACCGAAGCACUAAAAAUCAAGCUUAUUCAGAAACCUAUAUCCCCAACGGAUAUUGACACUAAUCUACCUAGUAAGGAAACCAAGAACAGGACCUUGAAGCCAUUCGAACAGCCACGAAUCAAUAGCUCACAGUAUUCGAAGACCUCGUCAACUUCCCUAGAUGUACAAUUUCACUUACACCAGAUGCUCCGCCAGAAACGCUCACCAGAGUUUGCCUCGCUGUAUAAUCAGUUCGCAGUGCUAUAUGAACGAUAUCAGUUAUGGGAGCGUGAAUUUGGAGGAGUACGCUUCUGGGAUACCCUCCCCUCAGAUGAUUUUAUGGAACUGAGACGGUACAAAUCACAUGUAGACGCUGGUGAAAAGUUGGCUUCUGAGAUUAGUCACUUGCUUCUUCGACAGCUGCCGGAGAAACAAGUAGACUUCAAACUUAUGUACUUUGAAGCUUGUAUAAUGCAGAAGCAGAUAGGGAAAGAUUAUUUUAUUGAAAUACCUAUUUUCACAAUCUCAUUGGGUUUGAGUGUCAAGUGCACCUACUUUAGCGCUGAAAGGUCGCCAAUGGUCGCCAACAGUUGCCAAAAUCCUGACCCAGUUUUCUGA